AUGUUAACAGAUGAACCCAUAGGUGAAAUUUAAGAUUUUCUCAAUUAUUCAUUAUCCGAUGGAUGCUUCUCAAUCCAAGGUUCAAAAGUCAACACCAAUAACAACAUUCCUAGUUAAAGUUCUAAACACAAAGGGCAUGAAUCAAAAAGAGUUACGUUUGACUCCUCUAUUAACAGUCCAACAACUUAAUUUUUGAUGAUUCGAAAAAGCUAAAAAUCUUCAGAUCCUCAAUAAUUAUAACAUCAACAACAACAAAUAUUCAGCGUAAUCUAAUUUUGUUUUAUCAAACGAUUCAUUAACAGAAUCAGCUGGAAAAAGAAAAUCAACUCAUAAUUCAACCUUUAUUAAUAUAACAUCAUUCGAGAUUUAGGGUCUUCUUUUAAUUUAAAACUCUUUCGUGAUAGUGCAUUAAAUUUGAAGCCCAUGAUCAGCUAAUUUAGUCAGUCUUCUGAUGGGUUGCAGUAGAUUAUCAAAAAAAAGGAAUUGUCCAAAAAAAUAAAAAAGUAAAUUACACAUUUAAGGACAUGCAAAGAUAAUUUAAUUAAAAAAAUUGAAUAGGAAAUAGAAAAGAUUCCACUGAUUACACCUGAAUCUCGUUUGAAAAUAGUGUGGGAUUGUGUAGUAAUGUUAAGUAGACUCUAUUUUCUAUUUACAAUACCAAUCGAUUUGGCAUGGAAUAAAUAUAAAAUUAUAUACGGAGAGCUCUAUCUUCCAACAAUUUUAAUGAUUCUCCUAUUGGUUUUUGAUUUCAUUUUGAGUUUUAAUAGUUCAUUUUAUUAAUUUGGAUAAAUAGUAAGUAAUAGAGCAACAAUUGCUAAGAAUGUAAUAAGUAAAAGUUAUGGAUUGGAAGCGAUAUCAAUAUUAAUUUUAAUUAUUUACGCCAUCAUUUCUAAUUCCUCUUAAGAAGAAGAAUUCAAUCUGUUGACAGAAUGGAAUAUUCCUAAACUGAUUAGUCAAGUCGAGGAAACCCUAAAUUUGUCAAAGCCAAGUAGUUCUCUAUUGGAAUUAUUUAAAUUAUUGUUAGUGUUGUUCUUUGUUUUACAUUGCUACUCAUGUCUUUGGUAUUUUGUUGGUUAUUACAGUUACUUGUAUUCAGAAAAAGGGAGCUGGUUAGAAUUCUACCACGUAGAACAUGAAACUUGGCAAGUGCAAUAUUUGUAUUCAUUUUACUUCUCGACUGUUACAAUGUUUACAAUUGGUUACGGAGAUGUUGUACCUAUCAGUUAUUUAGAAAGAGUAAUUGCCAUUCUGUAUAUGAUGAUCUGCAGUAUUCAACUAAGUUACAGUGUCAGUACUGUUGGUGCAAUAAUUGAUACCAUAUCCGCUUAUGGACAGGAGAAGAUGCGAAAAAUGAGAAAGAUAAAUUCUUAUAUGCAAAAUAGAAAGAUUGAGUAUUAAUUGCAGUAUCAGAUUAGAGAAUACUUGAAUUAUUACUGGGAAUCAUAAAAUCAAGUUGAGAAUGAUGAACUCAAUGAAAUCAUUAAUUAAUUAUCAGAGAAUCUCAAAGAGAAAUUGAUGAAUUAAUCAAAUUCUUUGAUUUUAAAUGAAUGUCCUUUAUUUCAACAUAAUUUUAGUGAUGCGUUGAAAUCAAAAUUAGUAAACAAAAUAAAAUAAGCAGUAAUUUAACCUGAAAAUAUUAUAAACUUUGAUUCACUCUUUCCUCAAUCACCACCAGACAUUCAAAUCUUUAUUCAAAAUGAUUCAAUUGAUCAAGUAGGCAAAGGUUCUAGCUUGGGUAUCAUCAGUUUCAUAAGUGGUAAGCAAUCUUAGGAAAGAUUCAGGAGUGUCGGGUUUUCAAAAUUGCUAUUGCUAUCAAGAGAUGACUUUUUAAAAGUUAUACAGGAUUUUCCAGAAGAUUACGAGAGAUUUAGGAAUCUUUAUGAUAGUCUAUAAUUUGAUGACAUAAGUGUGUUACAAAUGAAAUGUUUUAGUUGCAAUUCAAAAAAUCAUAGAGUUAUUUAAUGUCCAUUAUUACAUUACAUACCUGACAGAGAGCUGAUUCUAAAAAGAUAUUGUUACAGUAAGCCUUAAAAUAGAAAUUCUAAAUAUGAACGAAAUCCUUUUAGAUAGAGAGGUUACUUUGCAGCUCGCUUUGACUAAGAAGUCAUAGAAUAAGAAGCAAAUUCAUUUAAUAAUAAUAAUUGGAAGUGGGCAGAAUUUUAUGAAGAACCAGAAGAGGAUCCUUUAAAGAAAAGUGAAAUUCAAUAAUAAUAAAUUGCACCAAUCUUAGAAUAAAGUAAUUCAAACUUAUAGGCUUAAUAAUAAUAAUUAUAAUAAUCGCAAAGUCUGGUUCUUCCCAUCUAACAAGUAACAGAUUAAACCUCUAAAGUCAAUUUAGAACCACCAUCAAUUAAGAAAAAGGCCACUUUAUUCAAAUAGAGAACAAAAACAAUUGAAUUAUUAGACAUUGAUGAUAAAUAAUUGAAAGCAUCGCUUAUGAGUAAAGCUAGAAACUAGAAUAUUUUCAAUAAUAAUCUUAUGAUAAUAACGGAAGAGGAGAAUCAAGAGAAUUCUCCAAAGGGAAAACACACUUAAAGCAGGGCAUCAUUUAGUUUAGAUAUGUAUAGGAAGAAACCUAAGGAGGGUAUUCAGAAAAUGAAGAAAGUAGUUUAAAUGAUUACUAAUAUGAAUAGAAUGAAGAAAAGACCAAAAUAAAAAAAGGAAACUAAAUCUAUUUUCAAUCAAUUCCUUGGAGUACUUCAAUCUUAGCAAUUUCUCAAGGGAAUCUAAUAGAAAGUGAGAAUUAGAAUAAAACAAAUAUAAGAUGGGAAGAAAUAAAUAUUAUAAGAGAAAGAUAUUUAAGAUACGAUGUUGUUAGAGAUUAAGAUAAAGAUGUAAAUAGAGCAAUUAAAUGAAUAUUAAAAGAAGGAUUAAGAAAUAGUAAUGGAGUCGUAUAAAAAAUAUAAAUAAUAUUAGAUUUAAAAUAAUUUAGAUUAAAUUUUAGAAAAGAUAUACUUUUAUAAACAAUAACAUACGUUGAAUAAUGAAUUAAAGAGUUACUAAUCUAAACUAUUAAAAUAUAUGAUUUAUCCAGAAAUAUUUUUUGAAAAAUACAGAUAUUAAUAGGUGAUAAUUCCAAAAUUUGAAAUUGAAGAAUCAAGAAGAGGAUCAGAUUAAGAUAUUGAACAGACUUUGAAGAGGAGUCGCAUGCUUAAAAAGAGUUUUAGAAACUUAAAAUUGUCUCAAAUCAGGCCAAUGUCUGAUGGUACUGGAAAGUUUUAGAUGUGA